CGGAAAGAGGUGCUGCUCGGAUAAGCCGCUGGGAGAGGACUAGUGGAGAGGGCGAGGAAGCGCGCUACACAAGAGGCGACUGACUCCAGCUACGAAGGUAGAGAGAAACAAACGCAACAUCCAUUUUGUGGUCGCUCCCAAACACUUGCAGGUUGCUGUUUAAAUCUCAGAGGUCAAGUGGAGGACAAACAGUUGGAGGACAGUACGGGAUUGGAGUGGAAACUGGAUCUUCUCCUGAGUUCGGUGCUGAGUGCUCAGCCCUAAGAGGCCGUUGCCUUGACUGAGGAGCGAGCGAGUGAGUGAGCGAGAGAGAGAGAGAUGGGACGGAGCAGUUGUGGAGGAGGGAUGAGAACAACAACAACAAUAACAACAACAACAACAACGAUGACAAUGAUGCUUGUGCCCCGUGUGGGGACGACGACAGUGCUGUCCAGAUUGAGGAUGGCUGGGCUGCUGACCAUGCUGGUCCUGGCUCACGUGGCUGUGGCUCUGGAGGUUCCCCUCGACCUGCCACAACCGCCCACCAUAACGCACGAGUCCCCCAAGGACUACAUCGUGGACCCCCGGGAGAACAUCAGCAUCCGCUGUGAGGCCAAGGGAAAGCCCCAUCCGAGUUUCUCCUGGACGAGGAACGGGACGCACUUUGACAUCGACAAAGACCCCCUGGUCAAGAUGAAGCCACACUCUGGCACGCUGGUCAUCGACAUCAGCGGUGACAAGGACAGAGCAGAGGCGUAUGAAGGCGUGUACCAGUGCACGGCGCAGAAUGAACACGGAUCUGCCGUCUCCAACAGCAUCGUUAUACGCCAGUCCAGGUCCCCCUUGUGGUCAAAGGAGGAAAACCCACCCAUCAUCGUGCAGGAAGGGGCUGCCCUGGUCUUGAAGUGCAGGCCCCCCGCUGGCCUGCCCCCACCCAUCGUCUUCUGGAUGGACAACAACUUCCAGAGGCUGCCACUGGGUCAUCGCGUGUCCCAGGGCCUGAACGGUGACCUGUACUUCUCCAACGUGGUGGUGGCCGACUCGCGUAACGACUACAUCUGCUACGCACGCUUCCCCCACACCUCCACCAUCCAGCAGAAGCAGCCCAUCACCGUGCGCGUGGUCAACAUGGAUUCAGCCAAUGACACAUUUUAUUGGAAUGACACUGAUAUUUUUGGUGACGUCCCCACGGAGGAGCGGCCCCCGUCCUUCCAGGUUCCACUGGGCCGCACCAGCUCCAUGAUGGUUCUGCGGGGCCAGGUCCUGGAGAUGGAGUGCAUCGCUGAAGGACUGCCAACUCCUGAGAUCUCGUGGUCCAAGGUGAGUGGAGACCUGCCCACUAACAAGGCGUCCUUCCCCAACUUCGACAAGACGCUCCGCAUCACCAGCGUGACGGAGGCCGACUCGGGACAGUACCGCUGCACAGCCAAGAACCGCCUGGGCACCAUCCACCAUGACAUCACCGUCAAUGUUAGAGCUGCACCCUACUGGAUCAUGGCUCCCCAGAACCUGGUGCUGGCCCCCAGGGAGAAGGGCCAGCUGAUCUGCCGAGCCAAUGGGAACCCCAAGCCCUCCAUCACCUGGUUCAUGAACGGACUACCCAUAGAGAAUGUUCCAGAUGAUGCCAGCAGGAUAGUGGAGGGUGACACCAUCAGAUUUGAGGAUGUGGUGCCUGGAACCAGUGCUGUCUACCAGUGCAAUGCCUCAAACGAGUUUGGCUAUCUGCUAUCCAACGCUUUUGUCAAUGUACUGUCUGAACCACCCAGAAUGCUGACCCCACCCAAUAAAGUCUACCAGGUCAUCAUGAACAAACCAGCUGUCCUGGAGUGCAAUUCCUUUGGCUCGCCCAUACCCAAAAUCACAUGGUUUAAGGACAGUCAUCCGAACAUCCUGGACGGGGAGCCCUACAGGUUCUAUGACAACGGCACCCUGGUGAUCCCUGUGGCCCAAGCCGUCAACAGCGGCAGGUACACCUGCAUGGCCAUGAACAUGCUGGGCAAGUCAGACAACCACGUCUACCUGGAGGUCAAAGAGCCAACCCGUAUUCUGAAGCAGCCGGAGUACAGGGAGGUGCAGAGGAACAGAGACGUGAUCUUUGAGUGUAAAGUGAAGCACGACUCCUCACUCAUCCCCACCAUGAUCUGGCUGAAGGACGGCGGAGAGCUGCCCGAUGAUGAGAGGUUUGUUGUGGACUCGGACAGCCUGACCAUCACCCAGGUGACGGAGCUUGACGCUGGGACCUACACCUGUAUCAUGAACACCACUCUGGACCAGGACUCUGCCAGUGCUGACCUCCGCGUUGUCGAGAAACCCGACCCUCCCAGCGACUUGGAGCUGACUGACCAGAAGCCGAGGAGUGUCCAACUCACCUGGAUCCCCGGGGACGACCACAACAGCCAGAUCAAGAAGUUCCUGAUUCAGUACGAGGACAUGUUGCAUGACCAUGGCCGCUGGCACAACCUGACGGAGGUACCUGGAGAGAAGACCACUGCCCACCUGAAGCUGUCCCCCUAUGUCCACUACACUUUCAGGGUGCUGGCCCAGAACGAUGUGGGCUACAGUCACCCCAGCACAGCCUCCAGGCCCUACAGAACCAAACCAGCAGCACCAGAUGAGAACCCUGCAGGAGUUGAAGGCCUGGGAACUCAACCUGACAACUUGGUUAUUCACUGGAAGCCUUUGUCAGGCCUGCAGUCCAACGGCCCCGGUCUGCAGUACAUUGUUUACUGGAGGCAGAAGGACGUGGAGGAAGACUUCCAGUCUGUGAAAGUGGCCAACGUGUCCAAGUUCACCGUCGGGGGCACGCCCACGUUCACCCCCUACGACGUGAAGGUGCAGGCGGUGAAUGAGCACGGGGCGGGUCCUGAUCCCGUCAGCUUCAUCGGCUACUCCGGAGAGGACUUGCCGAAAGCUGCCCCGGAGCAUGUGCAGGUGCGGGCGAUCAACAGCACGCUGGCCCAUGUGCACUGGGAACACGUGCCCCACAUGUCCGUGCGGGGACACCUGAAAGGCUACAAGAUAUACUACUCGCGCAAAGGCAGCCUGCAUCACCACAACCCACACCACUCGGAGCAGCAGGUGCUCACCUUCAACGGGAACCAUACGCACGGCAAGCUGCCCGCGCUGCACCCCUUCAGCCGCUACACCCUCAACGUGCGCGUCUUCAACGGCCGCGGAGAGGGGCCCGCCAGCGUCAGUGUGGAGUUCGACACUCCAGAGGGGGUGCCAGGGCGGCCAUCGUUCCUGAAAGUAAACCCCAGUCCGGACUUCCUCACCUUGGAGUGGGGACCUCCUCAUGACCGCAACGGGCACCUGACGGGUUACACUGUGAAAUACCAGCCAGUCAAUAACAGCCAUGACCUGGGCCCGCUGGAGGUGCUGACGGUGGCAGCCAAUGAAACAAGCGUCACUCUGCCCAACCUCAAGUACAGCACGCGCUACAAGUUCUACCUGAACGCCAAAACUCAAAAGGGAGCUGGGCCCACCAUCAGCCAGGAGGCGGUCACAGUCAUCGAUGAAGCCAUGGCCAGCAGGCAGGUAGACAUCGCUACCCAGGGCUGGUUCAUCGGCCUGAUGUGUGCCAUCGCCCUCCUCAUCCUUGUGCUCCUCAUCGUAUGCUUCAUCAAGAGGAAUAAGGGAGGCAAAUACCCAGUCAAAGAGAAAGAAGAUGCACACGCUGACCCAGAAAUCCAGCCCAUGAAAGAUGAGGACUGUGUUUUUGGAGAGUACAGUGACAGUGAGGACCACAAACCAUUAAAGGGGAGCCGCACCCCGUCCAAUGGGACGGUUAAGAGGGACGACAGUGACGACAGUUUAGUUGACUACGGGGACGGCGGCGACGGGCAGUUCAACGAGGACGGCUCGUUUAUCGGGCAGUAUAGCGGCAGGAAGGAGCGCGACACGGCCGAGUGCAUUGAGAGCUCCGAGGCACCGUCCCCCGUUAACGCCAUGAAUUCUUUUGUGUAAAGGAAAAACUCGGGUGACCGGAACGGACAGACAAGACGGACGCAUGGAUGGACAGGACAGAAAAAGAGGGGUGGGUGGGGGUGUUAAACGUGCCAAGGCAAAUGUUCCGCUGACUGCCCUGUGGACAGACCCUUAUUGCGUGUGCGUUUUCACAAGACACGCAGACAGACGCAGACGGACAGGGGAAGGACGGACAAAAGUGAUGGAGGAACAUUUGCAGGCACAUGGGCAAGAGGGGCCUAGUGCGACAUGGCCAGGGGAGAGAGAUGGACUAAUAGUGUAAUAGGUUAUUCAAUGGGCAACGCAGCAGUGGCAUUCAAAGUCUUAUAUUAUAUUAUAUAUAAUUACAUAAUUAACUUUCUUCUCCUCAGUAUUCAGCUAGUCUUGGCUAACAUCGGAACACUCUCCGCUCCUCAUUUCUAUUGAACAUUAGCGGUAUUAGCACUUCGUAAAACAUUGCCGGUUCCUGGCAAACCAGUUACCUUACAUGCGUUUAUUUUGCAGGCCUACUAGGGGUGAAUCUGUCUGCAAAGUGUCUGGAAGGAAUGCCCUCAGGCUCUGCAUAAAUAUUACUGUACAUAAGAAAAGAGACAAAGCUGAUGUAAUGAACACUGUCGAGAGGAGCCGACUAAAAAUAGACUUUUCAUCCACUUUUAAUUGGAUGAGAUGAGAUGAGAUGAGAUGUCUAUACAAGAUAUACGUAGGUACAGUCUUGGACACUAGGAGGGAUGUUGAAGGGAUCGUAAAUUUCAGUGCAGUUGACCCUGAUAAUAAAGGGACAGAGGGGGGAGGCGAAGAUGGGGGGAAACCCCACCCCAUCAUGAUUUUCACCUCCUCUUGUCUCGGUUAUAUUUCACCACCCUAAAAAAACUGACAUCGCUGCACAUUCUUCAGCCGAGGAGGAGGAAGAGGAGGAGGAGGAGGAGGCCACUAACCUUUGCAUGACCCCAUUCUCAGAACCCCAAUCAUCACAACCUUGACCCUGCAUGUGACCUUGUCUGGUUCCCAUGCCAACGAAACUAGGAUCCUCUCCCCCCACCACCACCACCACAUCAGACAGGUUGAGGGGAAGGACCAAGUUACAGCUGUCUGUGACAGUAGAGGACCCCUACCCCAGGGGACCAGGUGGAGAAGUGUGUGUGGAUGUGUGUGUGUGUGUGUGGGUGGGUGUGUGUGUGCGGUGUGGCCUUCGGUAUAUAGUGCCUUUGCUAUAGAGAGCUCUGCUUUUAGGUUCCCUUUUCCUCCAAUAAGCUACAGCUUCAGCCAAGCUCAAGUGUUUUUUCAUGGACUUGAUAUAGCUUUGGCGGUGUAUAACUGGCACAGGCUGGCUGUGGCUGUCAUAUAAUGUACUCUGCAAUAUUAAAUAGGCGAUAAGGAUGAUGAGGUGCCUCUAAUGAACAUGACGACUCUCCUGGCACAUACUACAUUCAUUUUUAAUGGUUCAUUCUCAUUUUGUCCUCUCCUUCUUUAGUGUAUAAAUAUCAGGUGUGCGUGCGUGCGUGCGUGCGUGCG